GAGGGCACCUCCCGGGCCCGGGCCCGCCCGCCGCGGGGGCGCUGGGGGCGGAGCGGAGGGCCGGGCCGCGGCCGACGUGGGCGGUAAGAGGCGGCCCCGGCGCGGAGGGGAGGCGAGAGCAGGCGGCGGAGCCCGAGCGGGACGUGGCGGGAUGUGAGGUGCCCGACAUAAGCUCCAGAGAGUUGCCUCCCACGGAGCCCAGCAGAGGAGCAGACGAACAUGAAGUCCAAUCCUGCCAUCCAAGCUGCCAUUGACCUCACUGCCGGGGCCGCAGGGGGCACAGCGUGCGUUCUGACGGGGCAGCCCUUCGACACACUGAAGGUGAAGAUGCAGACGUUCCCCAAGCUGUACAGAGGGCUCACUGACUGCUGCCUGAAGACCUACUCCCAGGUGGGCUUCCGGGGCUUCUACAGGGGGACCAGCCCAGCGCUGAUCGCCAACAUCGCCGAGAACUCCGUCCUCUUCAUGUGCUACGGCUUCUGCCAGCAGGUGGUGCGGAAAGCGGUUGGAUUAGACAAGCAGGCAAAGCUGAGUGACCUGCAUAAUGCGGCUGCCGGUUCCUUCGCCUCCGCGUUUGCUGCCCUGGUGCUCUGCCCCACUGAGCUUGUGAAGUGCCGGCUACAGACCAUGUACGAAAUGCAGAUGUCGGGGAAGAUAGCCAAAAGCCAGAAGUAAGCACCGCUUGGGCACAAACAUUAGGUCUCGAGCAUGUAUUGAGUAUUUUAAAAAAUAUAUUGUACUAAAAUUAAGUGACAGAUAUAGAAACAGAUUUGUCUAAUCCAAAAUACUGUUUCUAGAACUUCUACCAAUCAGAAUAAUUUUCUGAACGGACUAUUUGUGGUGGUGGGACCCACCCCCCAGGCCACAGAACAUCAUAGACAGGUGUUUAAUAGCCCAGAAGUGAUGAAGCCAGGAGCUUCUACCCCUUUUGACCGGUUGAGGGCAUAAGGCAUGAUCCCCAGCUGUUUUUGGAGGCACAUGGCAGACAGCUUUGGAACUGUGUGUGAGAACUGAGCCUUCAUAAGGGCCGCUUGGGUUCUGAGAUGAAUAUUUGAUGCCCUUUCCCAGGUUUCACGUAGAUGUUCAGGCUGAUCGCCUCAGAUCCCCGCGGUAACUUUCUUUACGCCCCUCCCUAAUCCUUCAAGGGGACCUGCAAAGGGCGCCAGUUCUGGGAACACUGAGCAGGACCGUUGUGAGCAUAGCUGCCCUUCAGAUCAAAUUCCUCUCCAGCUCAGCCUUGAAAGAUCCUAGUUACCCUGUGAAGGUGUAUAUGUCACGUACAUAUGAUUUAUUUGAAUUGUAAAGCAAUUUAUUAUCCUGAUUAAUCUCAA